AUGUCUAGGAUUCUGGUGGUCAACACAAUGGCAAGUCUCGGAUAUUUGAUUGGAUCACUCGUUGGAUUUCUAUACAAGUAUAUCAACCGGCAAAUGACACUCAUUGUGAUGACCACUAUAUUAGGAAUAUUCACGGCUUUAAUGCCGUUUUGUACGAAUGUAUACCUGCUAUACAUAAGGUGUGGCGGUUGGGACAGUAGUAACGCUGUCUGGGUGUUUGAAAUGUGGAAAGACAAGAGUCCACCCGUUUUGCAAUUAUCGCAAAUGAUGUUUGGUUUGGGCGCUAUUUUGGCACCAAUACUGGCCCGACCUUUCGUGAGGGGCGACAUAUCCAACACCACCACCGCAACGGUACCACCAUUUGGCACAACUGUCCCGUCGGUCGAUGAAAACAUUAAUUACUCGUUUGACAGACGACCGGAACUGGAGAUUCCGUAUAUGAUAUCCGGAGGCUUUACACUAAUAAUUACUAAGUUUAUCCAGUUCAAUAAAACUUAA